AAUAUAUUAUGAAAUUAAAUUCCAUCUAAUUCAAAUUUUGUUUUAUCCACCAAAUCAAAGACCCUAAUUGAUUGCUCAUCAUGGUGAAUUCAGGUACAAAACUGAAUGGGAAUUAAUAUUUUUCGUAUUUAGAAGUGUUUUAGAAAGAAAGAUAAAAGUUAAAAAAAAAAAAUCCAUCUAUUUUUCGAUUGGAAUUAUUUUAAUAUAAUUAGACCACUAUUACUAAAUUUUGUUUACCAGAUUUCUUCUUCUGACAUAUGAUUUUGAGCUCCCUUUCUUCUCCAACCAAAUACCAAACUAUUCUACCGCAACCAAAAAUGGCAACUUCUCUCUCAACUUCCACCACUCUCUCUCUCAACCCUUCAUUGUCUCUCUUCACUUCCCCCGAACCCACAUCAAGCACCUUCUUCUUCUUCCCUCCAAAGUCAAACCUCAAAACCCCAGUCUUGAAGAGAAAAUUCACAUCCCAAAUUCAAGCGUCAACGAGUGAUUUUGAUGCAGGACUACUUCAACAAGCCAUCGAGCUGGUAAAAUCAUCGCCUCCCACGUGGCAAUCCGCACUUCUGAGCAACGCCGCGAUCUUCAUUUUAGGCUCCCCAGUUCUUCUUUCCGGAUUAUCGCCGUUCGGAUUUGGGGCAGCAUUCUUGCUUGGAACCCUCACAUGGCGGGCCUUUAGCUACUCUGGCUUCCUUCUUGUCGCCACUUACUUUAUCAUUGGCACUGCCGCAACAAAAGUAAAAAUGGAUCAGAAGGAGGCUCAAGGGGUUGCUGAGAAAAUGAAAGGAAGGCGAGGACCAGGAAGCGUGGUUGGAUCAAGUGCUGCCGGCUGUGUUUGUGCCGCCCUCUCAAUCUCCGGAAUAGGUGGACGGGCACUUGCUCCCCUGUGGGAACUUGGGUUUGUUGCUAGCUUCUGUACUAAACUCAGCGAUACUGUCUCAAGUGAGAUAGGGAAAGCAUAUGGCAGAACGACUUACCUAGUCACAACAUUCAAGAUAGUCCCAAGGGGUACCGAAGGGGCCGUUAGCCUUGAAGGAACUUUUGCUGGAAUUCUAGCUUCGGUUCUUCUUGCUUCUGUUGGUUGUGCUCUGGGUCAGAUAAACAUACCACAAGCCAUCAUCUGUAUAAUUGCUUCCCAGAUUGCGAAUCUUGGAGAGAGUAUUAUCGGUGCAGUAUUCCAGGAGAAAGAAGGAUUCCAAUGGCUUAACAACGACGCAGUCAAUGUCCUAAACAUAUCUAUGGGCAGCAUUUUGGCAAUCCUUAUGCAGCAACUAUUCCUCCAAAACAGGCUUACAUAGAUAGAGGCUGCUACUCAACGACUAACUUGCUAUAUUCGCAAAAUUAAUCACCACAAUUUGAGCAGGAUCGUUUGAAAAUUGACACAAUAAAAGGAAAUGGAAGAAUGAAGGAUGAAGCAGCCGAUGUAUUCAGAAAUCUCUUCCCCUCGAACGACUGCAAGCCUCUUCCGAGUUCACCUUUGUCGCGUGUAACUCUCAGGAGGUCCGGGUUCGUUCCAUUGUUUCUCAGCAGAAGAGCAGUUUGGGCUAUGGAAUUCGAAACCGGCGCCGGAUUUGAAGCUAAGUACAUUCAUCAUUGAACCUGUGUAGUAUAGUCAUUGUUGAUGGUGAAAAGUAAAAGGUCUUCAACCAAGAUUCAUUUUGGAGUAUGAAAAUGAGGUAUAAAAGCAGUUUGGAGUAAA